AUGAAAGUAUUCUGCAGUGUGCUGGUGGUGGCCACCCUGGCCAUCUUUGCUCAAGCCAAGCCAAGCUCAGUGCAAACGCAGCUGCAAGGCGCCCUCGAUAAAUAUCUGGUGCAGCCGAACAGCCUUGAUAUGGUCUCUGCGGAUGUGACCUCUCAGUGCUUUGCCUUGUAUUUGCCCAUGCUGAACGAAGUGGCCGCUACGUUCUCUAGCUCGUACCAGGCAUGCAUUACCUCCUACAAUGCUGAGCUGGCCAAUUUGACAACUCAAGCUCAGAAGGAUCAGGAGCUUUACCAACAGGACGUGAACGGCCUGUGCAGCGCCUUCAGCAGCUGCGACAACAGCACUGGCAAUGACAGCACCACCUUCUUCAACUGCUACGCAAAGGCCGCUCAAGCUGAUGUCUCGGUGAUCUAUGACAUUGCCACCAAUGCGGCCAGCACGGCCAACACGCUGGCCGAGGCCAUCAAGGCCAAUCAGGAUUUGGAAUAUCAGUGCACCAAUACCACCGAAAGCAACUAUGUUCGUGACACGGCAGCCACAUACGAUCUGCUCGAUAGUUGCCUGAAGAACGGCGUGCCAACCACAUCGACGGCUGCCCCUGUACAAGUUACUACCCAAAGUUCUCUUACGGCUAGCGACGACAAUGCUGGCAGCCCAGCGACUACAGCUGCAACUGUUUAA